AUAACAGCAGCCAUUAAAAAGAAUAAGAAUUAUUAAAGUCUUAAAUCCCUGCAAACAUCAAGUGUUAUACGUGUACAACAAAAUUUAAUCAUGUAUUUCAAAUUUAUAGUUAUCUUCACAUCAAUGUUAUUUUACUUUCUAGUGGCUAAUGCAACACUUACUCCUAAGGAACUCGCUGACUUUUAUGAAAAGGUAACACUUAAAGAUAAAAAUUUCAAGCUAAAAGAACUGACUUACUCAGUAACUAAGCUUUAUAAAAUUGAGGAGCCAUUUGUAAAAGGACAAUUUACCUUAGCUACAGUACGAAAAUACAUUGAUGACGACAAGCCUAACCUACUUGAAGAAGAUGUUGACAAUAUAAUACUACACACGUGGGCUCGUCAUAUGUCAUUAGAGGAAUUUCUAGCAGCAAUGAAUGAGAAAUUUACUGAUUGGGAACUCGAUACAAUUUAUGAUGUGGUUGAGAGAAGGGGGGAACCAAUUGUGGUAAAAACGCUGUUUAGCACGAAAGUAACCAAAAAAGUAACCAAGGAUGGAGUGCGAAAUUACUUUAAAAAGGAAUUCCACAUUUAUAAACUAACUGAAGGGGAAGUCGAAGGGAUAAUUGCAAACUUGCGUGAUGAACAUAUGACAAGAGAGGAAUUUAAAAAAUUAAUGAGGUCUCAAGACAACAUUAAAUAAUGUGGACGCUACAACACCACCAGCCAGUGGUGAGUUUAAAACUCUGCCGCUUCUAGGCAAGUAAUUAUGUCACCCUUUUAACAGUACAUUUUUCGUUUCGUUAUAAAAUAUGAUUUUAUUUUUUUUAUUAAUAUGAUAACUUAAAAUAAAAAUUGCCACAUUUUUUAAAAAGCCAGUACAGUGAGAUUACGACGUUUUACAUAAUUUACAAAUACUGUACUGUUGUCACAUUGUACAUUUUUUUUUAACAGUAUUUCAGGGCUACAAAAUUACUAUAAUAUCCUACCGUUGUUUACUAUAUUCAAAAGUCCAAACUAUAUAAAAAAUUUAAUUUAUCUCCUAAAAAAAAUGUCAAGGUAUGUUGUUAGCUUAUUUAAUUUUAUGUAUUCUUAAAAAUCUAA